AUCCGAUACAGUCACCAUCAAUCUGCCACCAUGGAACCCAUUCCCGAUCCGAUACCCGUGUCAGAGCCCUACUUUGAUCUCGGCCCUUGCCACUUUCCCAUCACGACCACAUCCUCGUCGGCCCAAGAAUGGUUCGACCGGGGACUCGCCCUGUGUUACUCUUUCAACCACGAAGAAGCCGUCAAAUGCUUCUACCAGUGUCUUGCUCACGAUCCACAGUGUCCCAUGGCGUAUUGGGGAAUAGCUUAUUCGCUAGGAGCCAACUACAACAAGACCUGGGAGAUCUUCGAGCCGGGAGAGGUGGAGAGCGUGUUGCCCAAGAUCAAGGCCGCUCUCGAUCGAAUCAGCGAGCUCGAGGUCGAGGGGGACCAGUUGGAGACCGCCUUGAUUGGCUCGCUACGAGCGAGGAUGCCAGACGAUCUCGAACGUCGGGAUUACGAGCAAUGGAACCGUGCUUACAUCGCCGCGAUGCGAGAGGUAUACAAAACGUUCCCCGACAACCUCGACGUCACCGCCCUCUAUGCCGAAGCGAUGAUGGUCUUGACCCCCUGGAAACUAUGGGACGUACAUACCGGUCUCCCAGCUCCUGGUUCGCUAGCGGUGGAAAUAGAGAACGUGCUCGAAUCCGCAAUGAAGCGAUUCCCUCUCCUAGCCGAUCGACACCCGGGGAUCUUGCAUUUCUACAUCCACCUAACAGAGAUGUCUUCUUCCCCGGAAAAAGCUCUUCCCGCAGCCAACGCCUUGCAAGACCUUCUCCCCGACGCCGGGCAUAUCCAACAUAUGCCUUCCCACAUCUACUUCCUCGCUGGGGACUACCAACGAGCUAUCCGUUCCAACCAGCUCGCAGUGCAGGCCGACGAGAAAUACGUCAACCUCCGAGGACAAUACCGAGUCGCUAUGCGGUACGUGGAGAUGAUCGAGCGGAACCUCCCCCUCGGGGUGGACCUGGGUACGUCCGCUGGGUAUUUCAUCGAAUCGACCUAUGCGAUCCGUGUACAAGUCUACGUGAGGUUCGGAAGGUGGGACGAGAUCAAAUCUUUACCCCUUCCUUCGGAUCCUUCGGUUUAUCCGAUCACCACGGCCUUUACGCAUUGGGGCAAAGCAAUCGCAUAUUCCGCUACCAGGGACGUCCCCGCGGCCGAAGCUUCCCAAAAGCUAUACUUGAGCGCUUUCGAAAAAGUCCCUGCGACAGCUCUCAUGUUCCCCAACACCGCCCGAGAUGUCCUCUCUGUAGGUACAGCCUUUCUCCAGGGAGAGCUCGAGUACAGGAAAGGCAACUACGAUACCGCGUUUUCCAGCUUGGAAGAGUCUAUCCGGCUGUACGACAACCUAGUUUAUACCGAACCUUGGUCCUGGCUCACCCCCGUUCGACACGCCUACGCCGCCCUAAAGCUCGAACAGGGGUACGUUUCCGAAGCCCUCUCCGUCUACUACGCCGACCUGGGUUUCAACGACACUUUAGCUCGGGCGCAUCAACACCCCGGUAACAUCUGGGCCUUGAGGGGGGCUUAUGAAUGUCUCCUCAAACUGGGCAAAGAGAGGGAAGGGGAAGCUAAGAUCGUUUGGGCGUUGUUGAGGACGGCGAUGGCCAUGGCGGACGUCGAGGUCGAGGUCUCUUGUUUUUGCCGGAUUGGCGAGAGGGGCGAUGAGGGUGAGGACUUGGUAAAACAGGGAGAAAGUAUCGGGCGGGUUGAGGAGGGGGCGGGGAAAGGUUGUUGCGCAUAA